GUGGGCUCGGGAGACAGACGGUAGAUAAACUGUUGUAGUGCGUCUUCAUUGUUUCCGUAGCAUUUUAUUCACCCAGUUUAUCCGCUGGGCGAAGCUUUGAGCAGCGAUACCCCUGCAGGAGGACUUCGUGUAGUUGAGCAGUCUUGAGAUAUGUCGGUGGUUCCUCCCAGUCGUUCGUCCACCGGAUGGCCGCGCCGAGGAGACGUGCAGUUCGCUAGCAAAUACCACGGCGGGCCCGCGAAGCCCCUCACCCUGGAGAGGACCAUCAAUCUAUAUCCACUCACUAACUACACAUUUGGCACCAAGGAGCCUUUGUAUGAGAAGGACAGCUCCGUGGCUGCCAGGUUCCAGAGGAUGCGGGAGGAGUUCGACAAGAUGGGCAUGCGUCGAACCGUGGAAGGAGUUCUCAUUGUUCAUGAACACAGGCUGCCUCAUGUGCUACUCCUGCAACUUGGCACAACUUUCUUCAAGCUGCCAGGUGGAGAACUGAGUCCAGGAGAAGAUGAAGUGGAGGGUCUGAAGCGCCUUAUGACUGAGAUCCUUGGACGGCAGGAUGGAGUGAAACAGGACUGGGUGAUUGAUGACUGUAUUGGCAACUGGUGGCGCCCCAACUUUGAGCCUCCACAAUAUCCGUAUAUUCCCGCUCACAUCACCAAACCGAAGGAGCACAAGAAGCUAUUCCUGGUUCAGCUGCAAGAAAAAGCGCUGUUUGCUGUUCCGAAGAACUAUAAACUGGUGGCUGCACCGUUGUUUGAACUGUAUGACAAUGCUCCCGGAUAUGGACCCAUCAUUUCCAGUCUACCGCAGCUAUUGAGCAGAUUCAACUUCAUCUACAACUGACCAGAGUGAACAGCGAUACGUGUGGCUGUCUCCGUGAGCUCAGCCUCGUCCAAUCCAAGGAGCAACAACUUCAACCUGUUUCUCAGCUUUCACUUCAACACUUCCCAUGUCUGGUAUUUUGACAGUCCACAGGGAGUUUAUACUGGUGUUAGAUAAAAAUGUCAUGUAUUUUUUUUUUUUGUUUUUGUUUUUUUUUUUAUCUUGAUAAACUUUUUUUGUAGUGUACAAGUUGUUGAUCCAGCCUGUUGAAAAUUUGAUUUUAAGUCCUUUCAGUGGAGGUCAAUGUUUGAUUAAACCAAGUACAACAUUGAGUUUCCUGUUGUUUUAACCUGUAACAAUGCUGUGAUUUUGUUUUUAAUAAAAUAAUUUCGGGUAUGUUUUUAUAAAGU